AUGGCGAGGAGGGUGGCCAUCAUCGGUGGGGGCAGCAGCGGGCUGUGCGCCAUCAAAGCCUGCCUGGAUGAAGGGCUGGAACCUGUCUGCUUCGAGAGAAGCGGGGACAUCGGGGGGCUAUGGAGGUUUGAGGAGAAGCCCGAGGAGGGCCGCGCCAGCAUCUACCGCUCCGUCAUCAUCAACACUUCCAAGGAGAUGAUGUGCUUCAGCGACUUCCCCAUCCCCGACGACUUCCCCAACUACAUGCACCACUCCAAGAUCAUGGAGUACUUCCGCAUGUACGCCCAGCGCUUUGACCUGCUCCGCCACAUCCGCUUCAGGACCAGUGUGCGUCGCGUGUCCAAGCGCCCUGACUUUGCCACCACGGGCCGUUGGGAGGUGGAGACCGAGAGCGAGGGCAAGCAGCAGUCAGCCAUCUUCGACGCCGUGUUGGUGUGCACCGGGCACCACACUGACGCACACCUCCCGCUGCACGCCUUCCCUGGCAUUGAGAAGUUCAAGGGCCGCUACCUCCACAGCCGUGACUACAAGGAACCCCGGGAGUUCAUGGACAAGAGGGUCGCUGUCAUUGGGAUUGGGAAUUCAGGGUCAGACCUGGCUGUGGAGAUCAGCCAGACAGCCAAGCAGGUCUUCCUCAGCACCCGCCGAGGUGCGUGGAUCAUGAACCGCGUAGGACAGCAGGGCUACCCCAUUGACACCAUCUUCACCACUCGCAUGAAGACAUUCUUGCAGCAUCUGAUGACCCCCUCCAUGGCGAGCGACUACGCAGAGAAGCAGCUGAACAUGAGAUUCGACCACGCAAACUACGGCCUGAAGCCAAACCACAGGGUCCUCGACCAGCACCCAACUGUCAAUGACGACCUGCCCAACCGCAUCAUUUCGGGCAGGGUGCGGGUGAAGCCAAACAUCAAGCAGUUCACGGAGACAUCUGCCAUCUUUGAGGAUGGCACUAAGGAAGACAUCGAUGCUGUAGUCUUUGCCACAGGGUACAGCUUCUCCUUCCCCUUCCUUGAGGGCUAUGUGAAGGUGGUGGAGAACCAGGUGUCUCUCUACAAAUAUGUGUUCCCUGUUGACUUGGAGAAGCCGUCGCUGGCUUUCAUUGGCUACAUCCAGCCUCUGGGAGCCAUCAUGCCUAUCUCAGAGAUGCAGUGUCGUUGGGCAACCCGUGUCUUUAAGGGGCUGAACAAACUGCCGCCCAGGCAUGACAUGGAGGCUGACAUCAAGCACAAGAGAGAGGAGAUGGCCAAGCGGUACGUGGCCAGCCGGCGGCACACCAUCCAGGUGGAUUACAUCCCCUACAUGGAUGAGCUCGCCUGCCAGCUGGGCGUCAAGCCCAACCUGCCGCUGCUUUUCCUCACUGACCCCAAGCUGGCGCUGGAGGUGCUGCUGGGGCCCUGCACACCCUACCAGUACCGCCUGCAUGGCCCCGGUGCAUGGCAGGGUGCCCGGGAGGCCAUCCUGACUCAGCAGCAGCGCAUUGUUCAGCCCCUGCAGACACGGCAUGUGGAGAAGCACACCUCCACCAUGCCGCUCCUCUUCAAGCUGGCUGGGGCCCUGGCAGUCUUCGCUGUCAUCUUUACCUACCUGUAGGCUGCUGCACUCUGCUUGGUGGGGUUGGUAAUGCUAGAGAGGCUACACAACCCCAUGGCACUCACGUCCCUCACAUCAAGGGAACUCUCUGCUUGUUGGCACGGCCCCACACAAGGAGUGCGAUGCACCAGAUCCUCCCAGGUGGGGCAGACCCAAAAAACACCCUGCAGCGACCCUGGGAUGAAGGAAAAACCCUUCCCAUGUGUGGGGGAAAGCCCCACCCUGCUCAAGUAUUGCUGCUGGCCGAGCAGAGGCCAUUCUGUCACCUGUAAUUCCAACGUGCCUCCACUGAUUACACUCACAUGGUUUCUACAUUGCAAAGGUAUAGCAGAGUUCCUAACCAGAUUAAAGUGUUUUCAACAGAA